CGCUUAGGGCUCCGAUCGGCCAAUGAGCGCGGCGGCUUUCGGCCUCGCCCCGGCGACUCGCAUCCCGACCGCGUAUAUACUCGAACCUUGUGCUCACAACUUGUAGACAAUGGAGUCUGUUUGCGGGCAACAAGCGAUCUACCGGCCUAUAUAAGCAUGCGUGCGGUACCGCUUGAGUUGUCGCCAAGUUGACAGCUCUCUCAAAGCCUUCGAUUCCUUUCCAGCAGCAACGCCAUUGAGAUUCCGCCAAUAAUCAAGCACGUAAUUAUUACAUUAUUAACAACGAAGCCAAAAAAAUGUCACCCUCGAAAUCCCAACCCAGCCUGGUCAUCUACCGUGGCUUCCCCGAAAGAGACACCUACGUCUGGUCGCCCUUUGUGACCAAGCUCGAAGCACAGUUGCGCUUCGCCGGGGCGUCGUAUACAUACGAAACCGGGUCGACGAGGCUCGCGCCCCGGGGCAAGAUCCCUUAUAUCGCUCUCAAGCAUGAUGGUGGAGAACCUGAGCUUUUAGGAGACUCGCAAUUGAUCAGCGAGAGACUGGUCCGGGAGGGUGUACUGUCAAAACUCAAUGAAUCGCUAUCGCCUGUGGAGAAUACGUUAGAUAUGGGCAUUAAGGCGCUCCUGGAGGAUAAGCUAUAUUUCUAUAAUACGCACGAACGAUGGAAUGAAAACUACUAUACCAUGCGAGACAAGAUCCUCGCUGCCCUUCCAUAUCCGAUCCGCGCGGCUGUCGGCAUAAUGAUCUGGCGCAACAUCAACGCCGGCCUGUACGGCCAAGGGACAGGCCGCUUCACGCCCGACGAGAUCCAUACAUUCCGAGACCGUAUUUGGGACAAUAUUGAAAACCUGCUGGCCGACGCAAGACGCAAGGCCGGGGUGAAAUCAGGCCCUUUUUGGAUUUUUGGCGGCGACCAGCCGGCUGAGUGUGAUUUUUCGGUUUUUGCGUUCACCAUUGGUUGUUUGAUUUGUAAGGCCGGUCCCGAAUCGGCCAAAAAGGUCCGCUCUUUGCCGAGUGUGAUUGAUUAUGCACGGAGGAUUCAUGAGCAGUACUUUUCAGACUACACGGGUCCGGAGUGGGAGUAAAGGCUAUGGGCUAUCUACUGAUGUCUUUGAAUGUUGAUUAUAUAUACCCCAGCCCGGUUCUCUGGUCUGUUUGCAUCGUUAUGUAUAUGUGUUUAGAAGUGGGCUA